UUCUCGAAUUCCAUUUCCCUCUCAAUUGCAAUUCCCUCUCUUGCUCUCAAGUCUCAACCUCUCACUCCUCUAACCCUAAAAACUUCUACACCUCUUCCUCCACCACCACCGCGCCACCGCCACCGACAGCUGCUCCUCCAUCACAGACAAACACUCGAAGUCGGUGCUGCAACUGCUGCUGACUAAUUUCACUGUGGGUUGUGGGUUGUUCGAAUCCAAUCAAAGAAUCCCUAAAAAUCAAUGGAACCUUGGAGAAGGAUUCAAGGCAUCGUCGAAUAGGAAGGAGAAUUGAAGAGGAAUCAGAAGAAAUUUCUUGUUCUGCUGACAUUGCGACUCGUGAAAGACUUGAUAUUACUGCAGUGGGCUAAAAUGGCGUCGAAUUAGCGGGAAGAUCGCCAAUUUGUUGAAAUUCUGACACCAACAGGGCUCAACUUCGACUUAUAGUAUCAUUCUAGAAAUAAGCUAAUCUCCCGAUUCUAGUUAUUAUUGAUAUAUUUUGAUGUCUUUUAAGUUAAAAUUGAUUUCUUUUAGUUUUAAUUGGUAAUUUAAUUGAUCAUUUUAAGGCGUUAAUUCAAUUUUUUAAUGUGAAAAUAGAAAGCUUUAAGAAAAAUUACUUUUAGAUUAAAAUUGAAAACUUUUAUUAAUUUAUUCUACAAAAUAAUAACUGAUCAUUUAAUUAAUUACUUUAUAUAUAAUUGAUCAUUUUAAAAUUUGAUUUGAUAACUCUAACGUCGAAAUUAAAGACUUUAAAAUAAAAUGAAAUAUCUUUAAUUUGAUAUAUUUAUUAUAUUACCAUUUUCGUGUCCCCGUGUCCAUCAUUUUUAAGUUGGCGUUUUCCCGUACCCGUGUCGUGUCCGUGUCUGUGUCCGUUUUAGUGCAACCCAGAUUGGCACCCCUGUUCUCCGAAUUAAUCCAGCCUAGGAAAAAAUCGGAUAGGAAGAGGGAAAAAACAACAACAAAACUCAACUUUCCUUGUACCCCAAAAAAUCAGAACACUUCUUUCUUCCAUUACCACUGACAAUUACUAUAUCUAUUCUUCCUUUCUGCAGUUUUCUAAAUAUCAAUCAAUAUCCAUGUGGUGUGGGGUGCUUUGCGUCAUUGACCUCUAGUUCUUUGCUGAGAUUUUCUUCAGCGCUCAAGAGGAUGUCCAGUGUUCAGAAUUGUCAACUAUGCCCAACAAGGUUUUACUCAUACCAGGAUUCACUCACCAAAUUUCAAGGUGUUCCCAUGUCUCUAGUUAGGUACAGUUACUCCAGUUCUUUCAGGAACUGCAACUACUUCUCUACCCAAAGUGCUAUUUUGUCGUGUUCAAUCAACGAGCAGGACCAACCUCAGAAUUUGGGCCUUCCACACAGAAAGGAUAAAAGUCAGGACUCCUUUAGCCAAUCAUCAUAUUCUCAUUCAAAUAAGCUCAACGGAAAUUAUCGACAAACAUCAGUUUCUAAGUCAAAUAGAAUUGAUGGGCAUUCAUCAAGUGCUUGGAUAGAGAAGUGGAAGGAAAGCCGCCAAAAAAAUUCCCCCAAACCAACUCGAUUGGCAUUCAAUUAUAGAAGCAGGGAUAAUGUGUUAAAUUCAUUCAGUUCAAGUAAUGAUUCAUCUAAUACUCCUUCUGGUGGAAGUACAAUGGACAGGAUUGUAGAGAAAUUGAAGAAGUUUGGUUAUAUGGAUGAUGCUAAUGAAAACGAUGGUAACCAAGAGAGGCCGAUUGAGAAAGGGUCGGUUGAGGAUAUAUUUUACGUAGAAGAAGGGAUGCUCCCUAAUACACGUGGUGGGUUCUCUGAAGAUUUCUCACUAGGAUUAGAUAAAGUAUUCAGUGGUGAAGAGGAAGUUCGUUUUCCGUGGGAAAAGCCUGCUUCAAAAUUAGAGGAAGCCAAAAAUUCUGUGAAAAUGAGAAGCAGGACUUAUAUGGCCGAGCUUACUCUACCAGAGUCUGAGCUGAGCAGGCUGAAACAUUUGACUUUAAAAACAAAGCAAAAAGUGAAGAUUGGUGGCUCAGGCGUUACACAAACAGUUGUGGAUGCUAUUCAUGAGAAAUGGAAAUCCUCAGAAGUAGUGAGACUAAAAGUAGAGGGCCCGCCUGCACUAAAUAUGAAGCGAAUGCAUGAGAUUCUUGAGAGAAAAACAGGAGGUCUCGUUAUUUGGAGGUCAGGAACUUCUGUUGCUUUAUAUCGAGGAGUGAGCUACGGAGUUUCUGGGAAAUCUUUUAAGAAAAAGAAAAAUGGAACUCAGGUUACUGGCCAUUUGUUACGUGAAAAUAUACGAAAUCCUUCACAAGAUGAUACUUCUGGCAGUAAACAUUCCACUGAAGAGAGUCUUCAGAAAACUUGUGAUGUUAAAGAAAGUUCUGAAUCUUUGACCGAUGUAAAUUAUGAGGAUGAAAUAGACAAGUUAUUAUCUGAUCUUGGGCCCAGAUAUGUGGAUUGGCCAGGUGACAACCCAUUACCUGUGGAUGCCGAUUUGCUCCCGAAUGUAGUUCCUGGCUACCAGCCACCAUUUAGAUUACUGCCCUAUGGAGCGAGGCGCACUCUUGGAAUGAAGGAGGCUACGUCAUUAAGAAGGAUUGCUAGAACACUUCCUCCUCAUUUUGCUCUCGGAAGAAGUAGGCAACUAGAGGGUUUGGCAACCGCCAUUGUCAAGUUAUGGGAAAGAAGUUCGAUUGCGAAAGUAGCACUCAAGCGUGGCGUUCAGCUUACUACAAGUGAGAAAAUGACCGAGGAGCUCAAGAGAUUGACGGGAGGAGUACUGCUGUCAAGAAACAAGGACUUUCUCGUAUUUUACAGGGGCAAGGACUUCUUAUCAUCAGAUGUCACUAAAAUUUUACUACAUAGGGAGAAAAUGGUAAGGGACCUUCAAGAUGAAGAAGAGCAGGCACGAACAAGUGCCUCAGGCUCAUUUGUACCUUCUGUUGAGACUAGAGAACAUCAUAGAACUGCUGGUACACUCUUCGAAACUUUGGAUGCAAAUAGUAAGUGGGGGAAGAAGAUUGAUGAUCAGGAAGCAGAAAAGGUGCUUAGACAAGCAGAAGUAAUGAGGCAUGCCAACCUUGUCAGGAAACUAGAAAGGAAGCUUGCGUUUGCUGAAAGGAAGCUGCUGAAAGCAGAAAGCACAUUGUCGAAAGUAGAAGAAUUCUUGGAACCUGCAGAUAAACAGCUAGAUCCUGAAAGUAUUACUGAUGAAGAGAGGUUUAUGUUUAGAAAGCUUGGGUUGAGGAUGAAAGCAUUUCUACUUCUUGGUAGACGGGGUGUUUUUGACGGUACAGUUGAGAACAUGCAUUUGCACUGGAAGUACCGUGAGCUUGUUAAAAUCAUCUUAAAGGCAAAGAAUUUCGAAGAAGUUAAAAAUAUUGCUCUAGCACUUGAAGCUGAGAGUGGCGGCAUCUUGGUUUCAGUCGACAAAAUCUCGAAAGGUUAUGCUAUCAUUGUAUUUCGCGGAAAAGAAUAUCAGCGUCCUUCUACACUGAGACCGAAGAAUCUCUUGACUAAAAGAAAGGCUUUAGCACGUUCCAUUGAGCUGCAAAGGCGUGAGGCUCUUUUGAAGCAUAUUGCACAGUUACAGCGGAAUGUGGAGAAAGUACGAUCUGAAAUUGAACACAUGGAUAUCAUGCAAGAGAAAGAACAUAAUGAUGCAGAAUUUUAUGAUAGAUUAGACGCGGCUUAUUCUACCGAAGAUGAGGAUUUGGAGGAAGAAGAUGAGGCAUACCUAACAUCCUACAGCGAUGAAGAUGAUGAGGAUGAAGCCGAGAGUUAUGGUGUAUCGGUGCUUGUUAAGGAAGAAUAGACGAUGGGCAUAACUAUCUGAAGUGCACUUAUUACAAGGAGAAGCGUCCGGUUUUCACUUUUGCUAUGCGGUUAAGGGAGUGCAAGACCAUUAUGAUUCGUAUCUGCUCUGCAAAAGCAACCCGCAUUACAGAGGAUCAACCAUCAGUAGAAGAUGAUGCAUAUGAGACUCAGAAAGUGAAGAAUGAACCGUGGCAAAGCAGCACCAGCAUAGGAGCUGCCGAGCUUGUGCUGGUUACCAGCUUGUAACUGUACUUGUAAAUAUUACAAUGAGCUCAAAUAAAUUUAAUUUUCAACCUGA